GCCCGCCAAAGUUGUUUCUUGCGAAGUUGACAGAUUUUUGAUUCAAAAUAUUUGCUUUUUGAACCCAAAUUAUUCUGYGAAAGAAUAGCUAGGCAUCAAACACGAGGUAUCAGCUUCAAACUGCACAUAUCAGGGCGUGCAGAUCGAGGUUGUUUGACGAUAAUUGAUGGCUAUUACGUAGUUUGUAUUUGAAAACAACAACAACAGCUGCAGUACAACAAGUCCCAGUUAUYACCAUGGCUGGCAAUACGGCUUCCACGAGCUUGAUGAGCCAGAAACUGGCUCAGAUAUUUGCAAAACUGCAAGACAAUAAAGAUCUUGAAAGUUUAAACACACAAGAGCAUGCAAUGUCAGCCAAAGAGAUGGGAGCCAUUCUUGGUACUCUGAUUGAGAAUACUGUGACUGACCUGGACUURUUAUCAGCUCAUCUCUCUAGAAAGACCACAGGAACCCCAUCCCAUUCAGAAUCAUUUUGGCCUUUACUGCAGAUUUGUAUUGAUAACUUCCCACAGUCCUUUGUGGGUGUAGUCCACAGGGUACCCACAGAGAACUUCCCUCAGAUUGGAGAUAAUGUUAAAAGUAUCCCAUAUACUUCUGAAACAUCCAAGGCCUUCACAGUCUGGGUUCUUUCGAGGAUUCUUAGGGUUCUAGCAGAACCAGGAUGUAGUUCACUGCAUAAUAAAUCUAUUGCAKCUUUUCUUUCAAUAUGUCAACUUGUCAAAAUCAAAGAUCUUGUAUUCUAUCGCAGGAUACUUUCAGAGAUAGUAAUACUACUGAGAGAUCUUGUGGUGAUAGAGGAUGCAUAUUUUGGAAACACAGAAAUGGAUGACAGUGAUCUUCCUCUUUUUCUUGAUCAUUUCCAGUUUUUUGACAUCAAUGAUGUGUUACCAAGGACUGGCCUUGAAAACCAAGAACAAGUUACAUUUACAAAAAGACAGAUUUGCAUCAGAAAUGAAGAGGAUUUCUCAUUUAUCCAUGAAGGCAUAAGUCAAAUAGUAUGCCAAGUGGUUGGUGAUGUCUGUCAUUACGCAAACAUGCAUGUCAAUCUUCUGUGGAGAAUAUGCAGCACAAUGCUGAGAACAGGAAUCUGCAUCAUUAAACAGUUUUCCCUGCAGAUAAUCACAGAYCUUCUCACUCACACUGGUCUACCACAGCAACCUGUUCUAGAUCAGUUUAUCAAGAGUUUGUGUGUAAUUGUUGGGAUGGUUGGUUCUGGAGAUUGUAAAGAACUUCCAAGCUAUAAGGUAUGCCCCAUGGAGGAUGCACUUGCAACAUGUCUAGAUAACCUCUUUCAGAGGACACUUGUUGGUAAAGCAAGAURUGCUCCCCCAUCUGACUCAACAUGGUGUGAACCAUUGCCACGAAUACCAGUGUUUGUACUACCUUCCUGGCACAUGAACCAUUUCUKUGUACUUCUUUGUGAAAUACUGACUGCAGGAGGGCUCGGAAAUUUAAGGACUUUGAAACUUAAGUUGUCAGUUUGUGAAGUCAUCAAGUUCAUUUACAUCCAUGUUCCUGAUAACUACUUCUGUUCAGCUGAUAAGAGCCAUCAACUUAGAGAUAACAUCAACAAAGCAUUGUUGAAUCAUAUUGGUCAAGAACAAGAUCAGCAGUAUAUGGUUGGAUGCCUUUGCCAAGCAGCCAAGGAAGAGUUAAAACGAGCAAGCAAAGACAAGAAUCCAAUGACUGAGAUGGCUCAAGAUUUUAGUACAACAUCAACACAGAUAUCUAGUCCUGUAGUUCCUCACAAGAAGGCAAGAACAAGCCUCUCUAUUCAACACAGAAAGAAGGAAGCUUCCAAAACAGAAAUGAGAACCAAGGGACAAGACAUUGUAAAAUCUCAAGAGUCCUUUGUGCUGUCAUCUCUUAGCCAUAAGAUAGACAGUCUGGCAAAAGACAUCACAGAAAAAGUGCUCAAUAAUCCUGAUGUGUUGGAUUACACUUGCACGAGCUUGGAAGGAAUAAGAAUAGCUAUGGAGGUGGUGGCAAGAUGCAACGAAUCCUUGAGAGGUCACAUGACAAAUAUUCGCAUCAAGAGUCUUCUCUCUCUCUUGAAAUCCAUGCUACAAUAUCUUAGCAACAUUGCCAAUAAGAAAAGUCAAGACCAGGUCAUCAUGGCAACUAUUACACAGACAUUCAAGAAGCUUGUUCACUUGGCGAUGUUAGUGUUUUAUAUAUCAGAGGCAAUAACCCUGCCUUCUGAGCUGCAACAAGUUCUCGUUUUUGUUGCUUCAGUUCCCUGGCUUUGUAACGUUGAACAGCAAUGGACAGAUCUUCCUCAUUCAUUUGGUCUGUCUGUCCAAGACAUGGCUCACAUUACCAAUGCACUUGAACCCUAUGUUGAUGUUGAAUGUAAAGGAUAUUGUCUACACCUACUGGCCAUGUUCAUGUCAGAUGUUGCACCAACCUGGAGGAGUCAAGUUUUUAUGCUUUCUCUACAAGAUGCAUCGGAUGAAGUUAAAGUCCUUGCAGUUAAAUGCCUUCCCACGCUACUGUCUUCACUUGGCUCCUUCUCCUAUUCUUUAGUCCCUGAUAAUCUACAGAAGCUUCUCUCUACUGGUCCUUUGAUACAGGAACAAAUUGGCAGGGCGUUGGGUCCACUGGCUUGUGUGCUGACAGAGCACAGUAUUAUUAAACGAUGGGUGUGUCCUGGUGAUGAUAUUCCUCUGGGGAGGUGCAUUGGCUUGUAUUGUCCCAUUUGUGAUAAGGGUGAUUUUGACCCACGCCACCAGUCUCAUGCAGUAGUUGAUGCAGCAGUCUUCACUCCAUACCUUCAUCUCCUGUCUCCUAACGUUAGCUCCUCUGUCAAGCUUGCCUUUAUCAGUAGUAUUCAGAGAAUGUGCACCCAUCUGGCUGUGACUCCGGAUACCUCAGCACACAGCUGUAUUGUGACUGCUACCUGUUGUGAUCUGAUUGAGGAUCCUGAUUAUCGUGUCAGACUUGCUUUUAGCAAAGUCAUUUCCUACGUCACCAAGCCUGGCUCAUCCUCCAGCACAGGAAGCCCACCUCUUAGUAUCAUGGCAAAGCUAAAGAAAGCCUUCAAUGAUGCAUCGACUCACAGAGCCAGAGGUCGCGAGGGAAGGGUUAAUAUAAGACUGCAGGAGACAGUAGUGAUGACCAUAGGGCAGCUGGGUAGAACUGCUGAAGGAGAGCUCUUAUUAGUGGUUAUUAUCAGUCUGUUGAAGAGUCUUACUGCUGAGUCAAAGCUUAUCAAGGCUAAAGCUUUUGAACAGAUUCAAGAAAUCGCUCAGUGUCGUGGUAAACCGAUGAAAGAGGUGUUCUGUGACUUCAAGCAAGAUAUCUGUAAGUUYGUAGUUAAUACAAUACACGAUAUCCAGUCAAGCAACCCUUCUGCCAAGAAGUCCAUGGAUAGCAUCACUGAAGUGGCUAACGUGUUUGACUACAGGGACAUACAGACCUUCUUAAUGCCUACUCUUCGGUUCAUCAUCCCACACCUGGUCAAGAAAGCAACUCCAUCCUCAUCUACUGUUCUUCGUCUGCUCGCCAAAGAACUGAACGUGAGCCGACGAGAGAUGCUGUUAGAAAACUUCAAGUACGUCUUCUCCUUCCUGGUCAGGACGUGUUCACCAAGUGAACUGGAAAAGGCAUUAGGCUAUGUACAGAAAGAAACAGAUGUAGAGCUAGGCAGCCUGUUACGUUCAGAGGCACAGAGUGUGUACAACCAACUGUUGCUCUAUCUGAGUGUUAGUUAUGACAAAGUGUUUAGUGGCCUGUCAAUGUUGGCCAGCAAAGAUACUUCAUUCAGUGGGCUUAAAGAUUUGAAGACUGCAGAAGACAUGGCUGAUUUUCUUCAACAUCGAUUGCUUGGUAUAUUAGCCUUCUACAACACUGUACUCGUUACUAAUAGUGACUUGGAAGAAAAGAUGCUGGCUUUGAAAAGCCUUGUCAAACUCAUGGAAAUGAUGGGACCGAAACACAUCACCGCCGUGCGAGUCAAGGUUAUGGGUAUCCUGAGGCUUGGUCUUAGAUUCAAGGACACAGGGUUCCCAGAGCUAUCCUGUGAUGCCUGGGAGUGCUUCGUACGUAACAUCGAACUGACAAGCCUUGGMCCAAUGUUAAGUGAACUUAUUGUCACCUUGCUUCCAUACCUCACUAAACUCCCCGCCCGCGUAGCACAGAUCUAUUAUUUCCUUAUCGUUGAGAAUAAAGCCGCGUUGAGUCAGUAUUUYCAUGAGAUAUAUUUUCUACCUGACACGCCGGAGCUUAAGAAAGUGAAUGCUGUGUUGAGGACUGCUAGUGGUUUGGCAUCGAGAAGGCUAGACUUGAAGACACAGCUGAAGAGAGCUCUCAAGGGUGUGGUACAUGAGAAUAUUGAUGUGCGGAGACAUGCGUUGUCUAAACUGAAACAGCUUCUACGCGACAAUCAGGCCUCGCUCCAUGAAUACGUGUUGAGUAACGAGACAGUCGAUCCUAUUAUACCAGAGAUCGUUAGUGUGUUGAUAUCUAGUUGCCGUGAGACAGAUUCUGAAUCACUGGAAGAGCUAUCACAAGUGCCGGUUGAUGAAAAACCAGUGUACGAGAAUGGCUGUGAUGACAUGGAGUUUGCAGAAGGAUUGAUUAACGAGCUGGCGAGAGCGUUCCUUGCUGCACACGACACGAGAGCACAGGAUUGCUCAGCUUAUGCCAUACAAGAAGUCCUACAAGUAUUCGAUUGCACAGAAACAAAGAAAGAUGGGGCUGGUUACAAAUUAUGGCGUAAGUUUCCAGAACACAUCCAAGAAAUCCUACGACCUCACCUUUACUCAAAGUAUUUGAGCUCUGCGAAUCCCAAUUGGUCUCGCUUACCCAAACCCAUAUACCGUAGCGCUAAAGGGAAAACGUUUAGUGAAUGGGCCAGUACGUGGACAUCUUACAUCAUUAUAAAGGUCAAACAAGAAAAGGCUUCUCGUAUCUUUCAAGCCUGUAGUAAAAUAUUCAAGCAUGACAUCCACACUGCUUUGUUCCUYUUGCCCCACGUCAUGUUGUAUGCUCUACUCGAUGGAACCCAGGAGGACAUAGAUGAGAUCCAUGCUGAGAUCAUGGCUGUUCUGACUCACGUGCAGAAAAGUGAGGAUCUUCCUGUUGGAGCCUCAGACUUUGGUCACAUGAGUGCACAAACAGUUUUCUCGGCUUUGGACUAUCUAAACCGCUGGACAAGGAAAAAGGCUCAUUCAUUUGCUGUCAAGACUCAGAUGGUUAACAGUAAGGGUGGUCGGCAAAGCACGAUGAAGGGUCCUCAGAACGAACACGAGACAAUACAAGGCUUCUUACAGAAAAUCCCUCAGGAUGUCCUGGCUUCAGCGUCGUUYCACUGUAAGGCCUACACACGUGCCUUGAUGCAUUUCGAAGCAUUCAUCACCAACGAGAAGCAAGACAAACAGCAGCACCUUGGAUUCCUGCAGAAAAUCUACGUGGCCUUGGGUGAACCCGAUGGGGUAGUGGGUGUGGCUGCGAUAAGAAAUCACCAGGURACGCUACACCAACAGAUACUCGAGCAUGAAAUAUCAGGAAAGCUUCGUGAUGCGUCAGCGUGUUAUGAAAAAGCCAUCCAAGAGGAACCCAAUGAAGUCGAUCAUCACAAGGGAUUACUGAACUGUAUGAUGGGUCUUGGUCAAGAAACCACUGCACUGAUGCAUGCCAAUGGUGUCAUUUCUCAACGGCAAGAAUGGAAGAGCUCGUUAAACACAUUUCGUGUUGAAGCAGCGUGGAAACUUGGACAAUGGGAUUCCUUGGAAGGUUUAUUGAAACUGGAACGAGGAAGAGGAGACUGGAACAUCGGGCUGGGCCGUAUUUUGCUGGCAGCCAAACAAAAGGAUGAAGACUCGUUCAAUCGUCAUUUGCGCGUYGUUCGCAGUCAACAAAUGGGUCCAUUAUCAGCAGCUAGUAUGGAGUCUGGUGCCUACCAGCGAGGWUACGAGUACAUAGCAAGGCUUCAUAUGUUGAGAGAACUAGAAAGCUGUGUAGGUGUCGUCUUCCAAGGCUCUUCAGACCACGUGACCGAUGAUAAGCCGCACAUGGUGGAAGGAUGGAAAUCACGUCUGCAAAUUACACAGAAAUCGUUUCGUACGAGAGAAACCAUUUUGAAUCUGAGGAGGGCAGUUUUGAAUCUGUUCCCAAGGUAUGAUGUACUUGCACAGUGGGGUAGUUCUUCAUCUGGACGCUCAACGAAGAUGGAAACUGAAGCCGAGAGAUUAAUUCACGCUAAGGCAUUGCUGCUGGAAGGACGGUGGAUGGAAGAGACGGCACACUACGAGCCAAAUCCUAUUCUUAAAAAACUGAAGGAAGUGAUAGAUCUUCACACUGACUGGGAGAACGGUCACUUUUACAUCGGAAAGUACUACGAUCGACUGAUGCUGGCUUGUCUUGAUGGAGAGGAAAAGACCAACAAGCUAUCUGGAACUGAGUUCAUACCAUUUGUAGUAAAGCACUACGGUACGUCUCUUCAGUAUGGCAACAAGUUUAUCUACCAGUCCAUGCCACGUCUUCUCACAAUAUGGCUGGACUUCGGUGCUAAAGUACCAGACCAAGGCAGAGGAAGCAAGGCAGACAGGGGUGGAAAGCGACAAAAAUUGACAGAAGUGAAUAAAACCAUGGCUGAAUUAACCGUCAAACUGCCUGCCUAUCAGUUCUUGACGGCAUUCUCGCUUCUCAUCUCAAGGAUUUGCCAUCCAAACCAGAAGGUCGUUGAACAGCUACAGGAAAUCUUAGCCAAGCUGUUGGUCACUUACCCUCAACAAGCCAUGUGGAUGAUGAUGGCAGUAUCCAAGUCUUCGUUUGCGACAAGGGUGAAGAGGUGUCAUGACAUCUUCCAAAAAGCCAAGAAACAGAUGUCUAGCCUCGCAAAGUUCAUUGAUGAUGCUACCCGAUUGGCCGAUCGAUUAUUGGAAGUCUGCAACAAAGAAUUCAAUAAGAAUCUCGUCAAAGAUAACAAGAUGAACAUGAGUCAGGACUUCACUGUCCUCAAGAGACUCAUCAAUGACAGCAACUUUAGUCCCAUCCUAGUCCCUCUACAGUCAGCCAUGACCGUGACAUUACCAUCAGGGGCUGGUAGCCAUCUAGACCAUAAACCCUUCCCGGAUACUCUGGCCUGUAUUACUGGUUUUGAUGAUACAGUCGAAGUGCUGGCCUCUCUUCAGCGACCCAAGAAGAUCACCAUCAAAGGCAGCGAUGGCAAGUCGUACAUCAUGAUGUGUAAACCUAAGGACGAUCUGAGAAAGGACAGCAGGACUAUGGAGUUCAAUGCGCUCAUCAACAAAUGUCUCAGGAAAGAUCCCGAGUCGAGAAGACGACAACUGCACAUACGAACAUACGCGGUAAUACCUUUGAACGAAGAGUGUGGACUCAUCGAAUGGGURCAAAAUACCCAGGGACUGAGGAACAUACUGACUAAGAUAUACAAAGAGAAGAACAUGUACACUAAAGGGACGGAGYUGAAGAGAAUCAUGGAGAGAGCGGGCAACUCCACCGAUGCCAAAGUAAGGGUGUUUACGAAUGACCUGUUACCAAGACACCCUCCCGUCUUCCAUGAGUGGUUCCUGAAGGCCUUUCCCAACCCCACGUCAUGGUAUCAGAGCCGCCUAUCGUACUGUCAUACCACAGCAGUCAUGUCUAUGGUGGGGUAUAUCCUUGGACUGGGGGACCGACACGGGGAGAACAUCCUGUUUGACUCUACUAACGGAGACUGUGUACAUGUGGACCUYAACUGCCUCUUUAACAAGGGAGAGACCUUUGACUGUCCUGAGAGAGUUCCAUUCAGACUGACUCACAAUCUUGUCAAUGCUAUGGGUCUCCUUGGUUACGAGGGUGUGUACCGACGUUCUUGUGAAGUCGCCCUAAGACUAAUGAGAGAACAAUGCGACUCGCUACUAACUGUCUUAGGGACGUUCAUAUACGACCCACUGGUCGAGUGGCAGAAAAUACGAGGACGAGACUUGCAUGCUGAGGCCAAGAACAAGGAGACUGGUGAAGUAACAAAUGAAGAGGCUGUUAAAAUCCUCAAAGACAUCGAGCAGCGCCUGAAGGGAUUYCACAGCAAGAACCGAAUCAUGAUUCCCUUGUCGAUAGAAGGACAAGUUCACAAACUCAUCACUGAAGCCACCGACAUAAAUAAUCUKGCCCAAAUGUACAUUGGAUGGGCAGCAUUCCUGUAGAAUAGCGCGUUCAGAGUAAUUCAAAAGUAUUUUUCAAAAUGGCUGCAUAUUUGUUYAUAUUUGUUACGGUUCAAACACUCAAGGUAAAAAAAUUAUAAUUGUCACAAAAAAUGGUAUAUUUGUUUUUGAUAUAGAGGUAAAUGCAUGUAUAUAUUUUUAUAAAUAAUAAGCUGAUUUGUUAAUUCAAAAGGUUAAAUUUAUUCAAGAUGUCUUGUAGUUUUUAUGCGCCGUGCUAAAUGGCAAAUGUACUUAUUCUCAUUAUCCAUUGCGCUUGAGAAUAAAAAGGUGAAAUUACAAA